AUGGGCCCAGCUAUGAGGAUGGAGGAUGAGGAUGUCAGUGCCAUUGAAGACCCCUCAUCCACUCCAGUAGAGCGUUCCAUCGAGCCCCUGGCAGAUAUCGCUCCCACAGAACAAUGGUAUGUGAAGUUCGAUAUGCAUCAUGGAUUAAAGAUGUUUACUACUGAAGGAACUUUACUGGAUGUUGCUCGAGAACCUAUUCUUCAGUGGGUAUUAUCAAACCCAGUGAAAAUAGAAACAUUGCUAUCCCAUGUCAUAAAUACCAUGGUAGCAAAAAGCCCUUGUGCAAAUGAUGUGGCUAUAAUCGGUCUGACAUUUGAUGACACCGUUUUGGGUGUAUAUAUGGGAUUCUCUUGGUCUGGAUUUACAACUCGAGAUACAUUUUGGAAUAAUUUUACAGAUAGCAUUUGUGCUGUCCUUGAUUAUGAGUGCUCUGAGCUUUCACUUCUGAAUGUCAUUUUAACCAACACACGUAUAGUAUUACUCACUACACUGGGGCUAUUUAUCAGUGAAGAUUUGCGCUAUGGGAACUUCCAUGAGUUAAAGUUCUUCAAGCCAAACUUCUGUGGAUUUGAAAUGGAUGAUUAUUUCAGAGCAAAAAUAUGGUAUAACAUCCAAUGUCUGGCUAAUCAAGAAAACUAUGAAGUGGAUUAUAUUGCUAUCUCGUUCACCAAAGAUAAAACAUUAAGCCAGGAAUCUACCUGUUUCUAUAGUAAUGAUCCAUUUAAGGAAUGGUACAGUUGCUUGGACCGUAAAAAACAAAAUGAGAAGUUAAUUUCUAGACGGGCAGUUUCUUUUCUUAUUGAUUAUCAACAGAAUACUGGUGUAGGUUUGUUAACUCAGCAGAAUAAGGCAUUAGUAUCAGUGAAGAAGUUAACAGGCCACAAACUGCAUAGAAGAAGAAAAUUUCCAAAUUUUUGGUUUCCAGAUACUCAGUUUGAAGCAUCUGGCAUGUUUUUCCACCCCAACAGUCAUUUUCUGUAUGUUUAUGGAAAUCAGGUGUGGUUAUCUGAAGAUGGAGGCAACGGAUUUCAACUUUUAAUUAAACUAACAUAUGAGACUGUUAUAAAAACAGAUACGUGUGUACACAACCAAGCUAUUAUAUUUGUGACUGAUAAGGGGAGUGUGUUCUACGCCAAGGCAGGUGUACACAGAUAUGCCAAGCUUACAGGUUCUAUAGAUCAUGAUGUCUUUAAUAUGAAUUUUGACCACUUGGGAGAUUUAUUUUGUAUUACUUUGAAUGACACAGUUAAAGAUGCCCUAGAAGUGAAGAAAAUGGAUGUGAACACUUUAUUGCAGGUUUACUAUACAUUUGAUGUACUAAUGUUAAAUGAGGAUGAUUUGUCUUUUGAUGGCGCGUUAUCUCCACAGUACGUCACUGAAGAGCAGAUAAUAUUUUUUAGUCAUAUUCCAUUGGGUCCAUAUGAUAAUGAUACAAUACCAAGAUUCUAUAAUCUGUACAUAGGAAAAGCAUUAGAAUAUGGGAUGGGAGGAUCUGGUAUAAUCAACCAGGUUUUUGAGCACAACAAAUAUCCUCCAAAUUUUAUAUCAUCUAUCAUCGUUGAUGUUCUGGAUCGGUUCCCUGUUGAGACUAGCAUUAGCAGCCCUUGUGUAUUAAAUACUUUAACCAUUCUGCAACCUGAUCCUGGUACUACUGCAUUUAAGCUUCAGCUUGGUGCUUCAGAUUCUAACAUAUUUCAAGUAUCCGACAUUGAGAAAACUGUCGUGAUUCCAGGAUUCAGCAGUUUCCUUAUUACUGACGUUGUGGAUGAUCUCACUGCUUUAGCUGAUGCCACUAUGCCUUACCGAGUGCCUAUAAAUAUUGUCUUUAUAAGCAGGCAGUGGUUCUUGUACGACUUUGGCACUACAAAUGGAAGAAAAUGGAGGGUUAUUGUUGACAGAUGUAGAUACACAAUACAGCAGCUUGAUGAUCUACCCGUCCAUGCUAUUAAAUACUUGGAUCUUGGCUCAAAGAUGAAUUUUUCCUUCAGAGUAACACCAGUUAAUGUAGCUUUUCAAGUGUUUCAGAUGGACCUAAUGGAAGUCAUAGUGGGAAGACCCUCUCUACUGGAUGUAAUCACAGAAGACUACUGGGAUGACACUGAUAGUUAUAUAUUGAAAAUAAUGGUCCAGAGCAAAUUUUUUGAGCAGGUGAACUACAGGCCACCAUCUAUAUUGGGAAUUGCCGUUCCACUCACAGAAAACUUUUACAAUGCUGACCCUGCAAAACCUAGAAUGAGAGAUUAUUUUCAGGGAUCAAAAUCUUCUGGAACUUAUAAGCAGUGUGCUAACAAGAAAAGUCGGUCUGAAUGUGGUUGUACAGAUAACAUGAAGCUGUCAUUUUUUGUUGCCUUUUCAGACUGCAAGGAAAAGGAAUUUCCCAGCUCAAUAGAAUUUAAAAGGUCCAUUCCUGUGUCUGUGUCUGUAGCAACAUAA